GCCAUAAUUUGGAGUGUUUACUUUUCAUAUGCGUUUCAGUCAGUGUUAUGUCCAAUGGGCUGUGGAUUGGAUUUGUGCCGUAACUGAGAUUAUACGUGACGGUAACUACUGGGAAUCAUGGAUUGUGAUAGUGUGGCCAUUGAAGUUGAAACUUUGCUCCAAUAAAAGACUGUUGCAGCUGAUGGCUUUUCCUUGAUCUCCCAGUACAUUUCAACUUCAUCGCCAUGGGUGUGCAAGGGGACCUCAACGCCCUCAAGAAACAGAGGGGAACUGCUAAAGGAAAGUUCACCAGGAAGGUAACUUUAUGUAAAGAAGGAAUAGACAGAGGUGAUGAUGUAUUAGUGUUGAAGACUAAUUAUGAGGAAGUAAUAGAGACAUUUAAGUGUUUAGAGUGUAAGAAUGAUGAACUGAUACAAUUUAUAUCUGAUAAUGAGGAUAAAUUAGAAGAUAAAAACCUGGGAAAAGAGGCUGAACAAUAUAUUUUAGAUAGUGAAAGAUUAAAGAAUGAAUUGUGUGCUAAGAUAUUCAUGACAAAUAAUGAGAAGAAGGCAAAAGACAAACCAAAGGUUAAGGUAAAGAGAUUUGAACCUCCCAAGUUUGAAGGUAAUUUAAGAGAGUAUCCUACAUUUAAAGAGGAUUAUAAGAACUUGGUUCAAAGUGAAUAUGGUGCUGAUCCAUACGCACUCAAAAUGUGUUUAGGUGGGGAGGCACUCCAGACAAUAAAGGGCUCGGAGGGUAAUUAUGAUGAAAUGUUUAAGCGGUUGGAUGACAAAUUUGGUAACCCAAGAAAAAUUGUAGACUUGGUGAUAAGUGAUCUCAAAUCUCUGAGGAAGAUAUCAGAUGGUGAUACUAAAGGGUUUGUUAAAAUGGUUGAUCAGGUUGAACAAUGUUGGUUAGAUUUAAAAAGGGUAAAUCUAUCUGAUGAACUAAAUACAGCUAAUGUUGUUAGCCAUAUUGAGAAAAUUCUGCCUUCACUCCAAAAAAGAGAAUGGGUAAUUAAAGCAAGUGAUAUCUCGGUCACUGGGGAAUUGUUUUCUGCGCUAUUAGGUUUCUUGCAGAAAGAAAGGAAGGUUUUGGAAUACAUGAAUUCAAAUGUAAGAACUAGUACUAGUGAUAGUAUAGCAACAGUACAUCAUGUUGAAAAUGUGGUCGAAAAACAAUUCGGAGUCAGAGUUGGUUAAGCUGAUAAGAAAAUUGAAUGAAGAACAACAGAGCAAGAAUAGAGAAUUUGAGUCAUGCAUUGUAAAUUUGAAUAAGUGAUAAAGGGUAUUAAAUGCAAGGAGAACAAUAUAAGUAUACGUUGUUUAUUACACAAUUCAGAGAGUCAUGAGAUAACAAAUUGUUUCAAGUUCAAGGGCUGUAAUAGCAAAGAAAGAUUUGACAUGAUUAAGAAGAACGGUAUAUGUUUUAGGUGUUUAAAUGGAUAUCAUUCAGCACGUGGGUGUAAAGUAGGCAAAUUGUGUGAUGUAGUCAUUGAAGGCCAAGGACCAUGUAAUCGGAAUCAUCAUCCACUUUUGCAUCAAGACAGAAUAGAAAGCAGUUCUCACAAUGCAGUAAUGGAGAAGAGAGGCAAAGCUUUGUUAAAUAUUAGUACGGUGCAUAGUAAAAAUCUGCCCGUCACUGUAUUGUGGGAUCCAGGUUCAGAUACUUCUUUAAUUACUCAUAGGAUGGCCAAGAAGUUAGGUUUGAGUGGGAAGGAUGUUAAUUUAUCUCUGGUCAAGGUAGGUAACACAAUUGAAUAUCAAUCAAGUAAAACAUACUGUGUACCAUUAACUGAUAAGAAUGGUAAAAUUUGGAAUGUGGAUGCUGUUGGGAUGAAUGAAAUAUCUUCCAAAGUUAAAAGGAUUGAUUUGUCCAAAUUACCUGAACUUUUUACAAGAAUCUCGAACUUAGAAGUGGAUCUCCCAUAUGGGGAAAUUGAUAUGCUCAUCGGCACAGAUUGUUGUGAAAUACUGCCAAGGGUUGUUGAACACAAUGAGGGUAUUCAGUUACUGGAAAAUCAAUUCGGGUUCAGCAUUCGAGGUAGACAUGACAAGAUUACCAAUGGAUCCAACAGCAGCAAUCAUAUACUUGUAAGAACUCAUAAACUGUCUAGACUCGUAGAUUUGAAGCAGAUUAACAUAGAGUCAACAGAUAGCUUAAAGACUAAAUUGGACAAAUUCUUUGCCAUGGGGGAAAUGGGAACAAAAUGUAAGCCACAGUGUAUAAAGUGUAUGUGUCGAGGAUGUCCUGAACCUAAUUGCAUAAGUUUAAAGGAAGAAAGAGAACUAGCAUUGAUUGAGGAAGGAUUGUUAUAUAAUGAGGAACAAAAAUGCUGGCUAGUAAAGUAUCCAUGGCUAAGGGAUCCAAUGCAUUUGAAAGAUAAUAUUAAAGUAGCUAAUGCUAGAUUAAAAACAACAGAGAAUAGAUUGAAGAAACUUGGCAAUGAAUAUGCCAUGAAGUAUCAGAGAGAGAUAGAAGAUAUGAUUGAUAGAGGAGUGGCGAGGAAAUUAAAUAAGGAAGAGAUACAAGAAUACAAGGGUCCAGUUCAUUAUAUUCAUCAUCAUGAAGUAUUGAAACCAGAAUCCAACUCAACUCCAAUACGCAUUGUCUUCAACUCUUCUGCGUCAUACAUGGGGCAGAAAUUAAAUGAUUUCUGGGCAAAGGGGCCAGAUAUCCUGAACAGCUUACUGGGAGUUUUGUUUAGGUUUAGACAGAAUAAUAUAGCUAUAGCAGGCGACAUAGCUAAGAUGUAUCAUACUGUCAAGCUCAGCACAAUGGAUGAACAUACACACAGAUUUUUAUGGAGGGAUUUGGAUGACAAUAGACCACCUGAUCAGUAUGCUCUUACCACAGUAACGUUUGGAGAUAAACCUAGUGGUACCAUAGCUACGCUAGCAUUGAGACGCACUGUAGAGAAUUUGGCAAAGAAUAUCCGGAUGUGCAAGAUAUGAUUAUUAACAAUACUUAUGUUGAUGACAUACUGUAUUCUACUGAUACUGUUGAGAAUGCAUUCAAGUUAAUACAGGAUGCGGAGAAGAUAUUGUGUCAGGGAAGUUUCAGAGUUAAACAUUGGAUUGUCAGUGGGCAUU